AUGUCGCACAAUCACUACCCACCGCCAUCGUCCCUCAAGGUCUCCAUUCGUCCGCUCCAGUCCUCCUUCUUCGCUGGCGAAGACUUCACCUGCCACAUCACCUUCAUCAAUACCAACCCGCGCGUCGCACACACACAGCCCCUCGUCCAGGGCGAGUUCGCACCUGCCGCGUCCGACCACCUUCUCAACGACACCGCUACCCGCCGCGUCGUCUCCGCACUUCCCACACAUGCGAAAUCUCGCAGCGUCGACGUCAGGGCGCUCGGUCGGCAACACGAGUCCGACUCCGCCUCCGACCCUCCUCAAGACCCAUCGCGGCGAAGCAACCUCCUUCGCCAUCUCCAUGUCGACGACCUGCCGCAUCGCAGAAACCUCAUAGGCAAGGCGGCUCCUUCGCACUCGAGCUCCAAUGCUAUCCAUCCCUGGUCCGUCUCGCCUCGCAUCGGAUCCGCAAAACCCUCGCAUCGCUCAACCAAGUCUGUUGCUGCACUCCCGCAGAAGAACGGCACAGACCUCGGCCUCGGUCGGCCCACCGCUCCGCCUGCCCCUGCUCCCGCCACCCACUCCAACCCUUCUUCUCCCAAUCCGCCCUCCCGCGUAUCGUCGCUUCCGGGCCUUGGCAAGAGAACCACCUCGGCUCCCAUCGCUUCCAAUCACUCGCAUUCCCGCAAAAAGUCGGUCGCACAGCUACAGGCAGAGGACCUCACAGAAGCUUUCGAACUCGACUCGCUCGACCCAGCUCGCUCCACCUCCGGCAUCUCCUCCCCCACUUCCCACCCGCCUUCUCCAUUUCGCGCCAACAGCAACGGCGACGCCAACCAAUCCGCCAGCUUUUACGGCCUCGGUCGCAACGAUACCAUGGAGAGCGUCUUCCGAGAAUCCAUGACCGACUGGUCCCAAUCCAGACGCCCUUCCAUUCCCAGGAGCCCUUCGCACAGCCCAAUAUACCCGCCUCCCGAAGCCUUACCCUCCGGAACCGAAAAAAUCCUCUGGUCCUUUGCCCAGCUGGGAGGCACCAUCGAGAUCGACGAGAGCCUCAUCAAGCCCGGCGACUUUGAGAAUCUCAAACACAGGCUCGCAUACGGCGACUUGACUGGAGCCAGUGCUUCUCCACUCUCAGUACCUGGCACCCCCAGGACUCUUGGUGGCGGUCAUCUCGCUCAGGCAGCCGAUUCCUUUCCGGGAAGCUCGGGAUGGAGCAACCUCUUGCGCAGCUCCUUUAGCAGUCGCCCGCACCAACACCGUCGCACCGGCUCCACUCUGCAGGACGCCCAGGAACGUACGCUUCAGAGCCGCAGCGUUCCCACCUUUUCCACGCCACCCAGCAUCGUCGCUGUCGACCUCGUCCUGCCUCCGGGCGAAUCCAAGUCGUUCGAGUUCAAGCUGCGGUUGCCUGUCGAUCUGCCGCCUUCCUACCUCGGCAAGGCUAUCCGUCUCAAGUACACGCUCACCCUCGGCACCAACCGCUUCGACACCGCCGCUACUGCCACUCGUGGCCGCCCACACACAAGCCGCCUCAUCCAGGUCCCCAUCCGCGUUUACAACCACGUUGGCGCUUCGGGCUUCCGCCCCUUUUUCGACCUCAUGAACCCGGUCAUCCUCACAAAGGAAGAAGCCUUCGUCAUUGCAGUCGAUAACGACGCCUCCGCUGUACCAUCAGCUCCCAGCCUGCCCAAAAGAUCCAUCAAAGCUCCGCAAAUUCAACGCCAGGAAUUGGAGUCGUACGUCAGGCAGCUGCUUACCAAGUCGGAAUCGGCAUCAACCAUCAAGCUCGACUCGGGCAUCUCGGCACCCACAAACCAGGGCAGUGGUUGUAAGGCGGCGGUCGAAGCGUUGGCGCGGUCGUCCGGAAAAGUGUCUUACGACAUUUCCAAAGACGGCAAAGUCGCUGCCGUCCUUACGCUGGUUCGAUCCAGGUAUCGGUUGGGUGAAACGAUUACGGGCGUGAUUAACAUCAAUAAUCACACCUCGCUGGCGCGCAUUGCUCGAAUGAGCGCCACCCUCGAGACGUUCGAAGAGGUUCAACCCAGCAUUGCCACCCUGCCAGCGGGAAGACUUCAGCGAGCCACGAGGAUCGUCCAUGCAGAACACCACGAGAGCGUGCUGGACAAGGGUAGGGCAAGCUUCAGCCUGUCCGUACCAAGUGGCGCAACACCCGAAUUCGUCACUAGCGGAGUCAAGCUCAACUGGCUCGUCAAACUGGCCUUCCUGACCAUCUCUGCGACCUCGGGCGAGGAAAAAGCAAAGCCACCACCGCACUUGAUGCCCGGCGCAGCAGACGGAUUCUCGCGCUACCACAUCAGCCUCAGAGGCGUAGACAGCUUAGCUGGCUCGGUGGGCGAACAGCCAAAGGUCGUGCUCAAGCAAAUGGGCUGUGCGGCAGAAACCAAGCUCGAGACAGUCGAAUGCGCUGUGCCCGUAUCGAUCCUGCCCAACAGCACGAGCUUCAAGGUGGGGGAUGCAGAAUUCUACGCCUAG